AUGGCCAAUGUAUGGACGUAUCUCUUGAUUUGUUUGGGAUGUUUUAUAUCCCAAUCAGAAUGUAACACCAGACAAAAACCUGUGUUCAAGGAUGAUGACUGCAUGGAGCCAAUACCCCUGGGAAUGGAAAGUGGAGACAUUCCUGACAAGAAUAUUUGGGCCUCAACAUAUGGGAACAAGCGAUUACCAAGUUAUGCCAGGCUUGGCAGACCUUCAGGUGCGUGGUCGGCAAGUACCCCAAAUGGUGAACAGUUUUUGGCAAUUGAUUUGGGUAGACGAUACAUUAUCACUGCAGUAGCCACCCAGGGUAGACAGGGUACAGAAGAGUAUGUAGCUGAAUUCAUGCUUGAGACUUCAGAUGACAACAGUACCUGGCGUGUUUACACCACUGAACUGGGAAUUGAUGAGAUUUUUAUUGCCAAUAGUAAUGGUCAAGAUGUGAAAAGAAACACGCUUGUCUUUCCCAUCCGGGCUCGUUAUAUCCGAUUUCGGCCAUGGCGCUGGAGUUCCUCAAUGUCCAUGAGAGUUGAGGUUUAUGGCUGUCGUUUUAAUUCUGAUAUUGCAUACUUUGAUGGAAAUGCUCACAUCAGUUAUGACAUCAGCAAUUUACCUGUGGCUAUACACUCUACGGAGGACCAACUAAGGAUCCAUUUUAAAACCAACAAACCAAAUGGUAUUCUUUUUUACACAGAUGGUAACCAAGGGGACUAUUUAGCUCUGGAGUUGAAAAGAGGAUACCUUUAUCUACAUGUUGAUCUGGGCUCAACUCGUUUAGUCCGAGGUGGGACAACACUUGUUGGUGGGAGCAUGUUAGAUGAUCAUCAAUGGCAUGAUGUUCUGGUUCGGCGAAAGGGGAAAAACAUCAUUCUCACUGUGGAUCGACUGGAGACGGUCGGAGAAGCAGCUGGUGACUUCUUUCGUUUAGAUCUCGAUAGCAAGCUCUUUGUCGGAGGCAUUCCAACUUUCACGAAGCCAGGUGUAACUGUCCGCUACAAUUUCUACGGCUGUAUUGAGAAUGCUCAAUUUAAUGGUGUAGAGAUAAUCCGUGAUGCUCGAGAAAACAGGGAAAGAUUCAGUACAUUUGGACUUGUUCCAUACCAGUGUCAGUUGGAAAAAAUUGUACCUAUCACCUUUCCUACCAUCACUGCCAGCAUGGAUGUUGUUGGCGAACCAAGCGGUGUUGGUUCUGGCACUGUGAGAGCUUCUUUAGAUUUUAGAACACACAACACAGACGGACUUAUCUUUUAUCAUGAAUUUAGUGAGAAAGGUUUUGUCAAGGUUGAAUUGAAUUCUGAAGGUUACGUAUUGUAUCAUGUGGAGAGCCAGACAGGACAAAUUGUUGAAGAUAUCAUCAGAAACAAUGAUGUUGAGAGUCCCACCAAGUCCUUCAGUGAUGGAUUAUGGCAUAGCUUAUUUUUGUCAGUGGAUACAGAAAAGGUGAAUUGUACAGUGGAUCGAAAUUCUAUUGUGUCAUCCAGAAAACUGAAUAUUAAAGCCGGACAGAACUAUCAUUUAGGUGGUAGAGAGACAAAUGUUGGAUUUGUUGGUUGUAUGCGUCAUUUGGACAUUGCAAAUUUGCCGAACACUGAUGGAUUGCCCAGAGGAGCGACAACAAAAGGUGUGACCAUUGGGACUUGCAGUAUUCGAGAUAGGUGCACUCCCAACCCUUGUGAAAAUAAUGGUGUCUGUUAUCAGACUUGGUCAACUUUUAGUUGUGAUUGUGAUAAAACUGGUUACAGAGGAGCAGUUUGCCAUAUCUCUGCGCAUUAUUUGUCAUGUCGUUUUUACAAGAUGCAAAACCAGAACCAAAAGAAGGAAACUAUAAAAAUUGAUUUAGAUGGUUCUGGACCAUUGAGGCCAUUUGAGGUUGACUGCUCUCAAAACAAUGAAGAGGGCAAAUCCAUUUUUGAGACUGAUGUUGGUCAUAACAGUGAGAAUCCAGUUACUGUGAAUGGAUAUGACCCUGCUGGUUCCUAUGUUCGGAAUGUCCGUUAUUCAGCUGGUAUUGAAGAACUCAAUGAGCUCGUAGAGCGUGCCACGUCCUGUGAACAGUUCAUCAGCUACAAGUGCAACAAUUCACGUCUGUUUGCAAUGCCACCAGAUGGCAGUAAUGCUGAAACUUUUGGUUGGUGGGUUGGAAGAACGUUCCAGCCAAUGUACUACUGGGGCAAGGCAGCUCCAGGUUCCAAGAAAUGUGAGUGUGGACUGACAGCCAGUGGAUGUGAAGGUUCAAGUACAACCUGUAAUUGUGAUGCUGGUCUUCUUCAACAAAAAGUUGACUCUGGUUUUCUGCGGCACAAAGAAUACUUGCCAGUUCUUGAGUUGCAUUUUGGUGACACUGGGACUGUGACAGACAAUAAAAUUGGUGAACAUCAGCUGGGAAAACUGAAAUGUGAAGGAGACAAUCUCUUUGAUAACGUGGUGACAUUCCGAAAACCUGAUGCUGUCAUUAAAUUUCCAACAUUUGAAGCUAAAAGCUCUGGUGAUAUUUGGUUCCAGUUCAAGACAACAAUCCGUGACGGUGUGAUGAUCCAUUGUGUUGGACCAAAGGAUUACAUUCGAGUGGAAAUAUCCAGUGGUAAUACCAUAAAAUUCCGAUUUGAUGCUGGUGAUGGUGAACGGGUCUUACAGAUAAGAACGGCUGCAGGUUUGAAUGAUGAUCGUUGGCAUGCUGUUCAUGUAGAACGCAACCGUAAACAAGCUUGGUUGAAAUUAGAUACUCAAGGUGAAGAAGUUUGGAAUGAACCACCGGAACAAGGCCCAAGGACAAUGGAUCUCACAUCACCUUUGGUAGUCGGUGCCGCAGUGGGUUAUCAAGAUGGUUUCGUUGGCUGCAUUCGCGGUCUGAUGGUUAAUGGCGUUCUCUUAGAUAUGAAAGGAAUGGUAUCCAGAGGUGAAGUCACUUACGGCGUGUCUGAAGGUUGCAUUGGUAAAUGUUCUAGCAAUCCUUGCUUCAAUGGAGGUACUUGUUAUGAGGGAUAUUCGAGUUACACCUGUGAUUGUUCUUAUACACCUUUCCGAGGUUGGAUGUGUGGCAGAGAGGUUGGAGCCAACAUGGUACCAAGCCAUAUGAUUACAUACAAGUUUGAUUCCACUCAUGGUCUGUCAGCCACAGAUUUUGAAUUUGCCCAGAUUGGGUUUUCUACUGCCAAAAUGCAAGGCAUCUUGAUGCAGAUUAGGAAUGCAGCAAAUACUGAAUACAUCUCGGUCGAGAUUAACAAUCAUGGGGGUGUCAAAAUGGCAUUUGAUAUUGGCUAUGGGCGAGAUGAAAUCAAUACAGAAAAUCACGGAAUCAGUUAUGCCAACAACCAACAACACGUUGUGACUAUUCACAUUACAGAAAGAGGACGUCAUAUAAAGAUGCAGGUUGACAAUUAUGAGCCAACAAUAAGAAGGAUUCCUGUGUCGGAAACUGCUGAUACUAUCCUGAAUGAUCCAGCUAUCAUGUACAUUGGUCGAAAUGACACCAUGCCUCUUGGAAAAGGAUUUGAAGGAUGCAUUUAUCGUAUGCAAGUUCAAAAUAUUUUCCCUUUGAAAAGAGUUUUCCAGGACCCACGUCCCAGUUAUGUUACCUUGACACCAAAAGAGCUCAGUUUUGGUAUACCUGCAUUUUUAUUUCUCUUCAUCUAUGUGAGCAUGAUGCUAAAUGACUGUUUGCAAAACUUCACAUGCCUUGGUGCGUAG